AUGACGGAUGGAGCUGGAGAUUCGAACCGGCCUAAAGACCCCGCGGUUGCGGACCAGGCAGCUAACAUUGGCACGUCUGGCGCCGAGACCCAUUCCGGUAGGAUGCUAUAUUUACAAAAACUUUUAGGAAUCGGACACUUGCUACUGGAUCAGUUCAACGCAGAAACACUGGCCGGAAUUGCUGGGAAGGAAGCCCAUGCCCUGGUCGAGUUACGACCGCAAUUUGUUAAUGUUUGGUGGUGGCUUUUGGGUUCUUCCAUCCUCAUUAAGGAACCGACAGUGAUUAAGGGCGUAUAUAAUCUCUGGCCCCAAAUUAUUGGUCAAUGGAAACAGGAAAACACGUUCCCGAAGAAAGUCGACGACGUGGUGGUUCUCUUGAACAUAUAUCUCACCGACAUAUACCUAGCAUACUUGUUUCCUGCCCCGGACGGUGAUGGGAUUUCGAAAAAACGACGCCGCACACGUGUGCUGACCCGUGAAGAUGACGCUGCAGUUCGGAAGUUGAUUCUUAAUAAGAUCGUGGACGUCCCCCUGGAGUGGCUAGAGUCGCUGGCGAUUGUCUCGUCGUGCUCGCCGCCCCCUGUCCAGGCAUAUUACACCAUCAACCUCACCGGAGACGGAAGACAUGUAGAUGUACGCAUGAUUUAUAGCGCAAUACUUGUCCUUUCAAUGAUCAAGUUUAGAGACUCGGAAGUAGGGCUAGGAGGCUCGUCUGUACUACCGGAGUACGGUGAGCUGCGACAGCUGGUUCGGUCUGUAUUAUCCUAUGACCAGCGCAAAGGGUUAUUGAAUUUAUUGUCCCUUUGUUACUGUCCAGUCCAGAAGUGCUUUACAGGCAGCCCUUUUGGUGAGCCCCACGCGGGAUAUGUUUUCUGUACGGCCUCGGCAACUGUGCUUUUGAGUGACGGUGUUUUGGACGCGGUGUCGUUCCUGGACCGGUCCGGUCCUGUGCCGUUCGGAAGAGGAUGUGGCGGCGACGUUAUCCGAGCUGGUGUGGAGGGUGGCGUGUGUUCAUCGGCAAGAGGAGGUGACGCCUUUGUGUCUUCUCUGUGUCACCCCGAGUCGGUGCAGCAAAGGGCUCAUAAUACAAAGAUCUGGCUUCGCAAGAGAGUGCCUGCUUGUAGGAGACUUUCUUCCGACACUGACGAGGAAUUCCAGGACGUAUUCCAAGACCAAAACUACGACGAUUUGUGCAACGGGCGCCCAGGCAAACGCGGUGAUGUGUGCUACUGCUUUUGGGUCUUGGCGGGGCUUCGGAGUUUGAAGUUAUAUGAAGAGGGGGAGGACGACGACGACGAUAUGGAUUUCAACGACGAGGGAGAUGAACGCAGUAGCUGCCCUGAUGGUAGCUACACCGAUGGUAGCCACACCGAUGGUAGCCACACCGAAGGCGGCUACACCCAAGAUAGAGACUCGACCUCCGCCAGAGAUUCCGUCUUUGAUAGCGACUCCGAUAACGGACCGAAGCAAAAGGCUUACUGGGACCCUCCAGCCAACAAUGAUUUGUUAGUUCCUGAUUGCUGGAACGAACCCGAGAACCGCCGACAACACCGCAGUCUUUCUACCGCUUGCGUUUCCAGCUGUUCCUACGCUUCUUCUGUGGUCACCAUGCGCGAAGGACUGUUGCGGUGCCGCAACCCGCUGGAUGGGAGCAUGGCCAAGAACGCUGACUGUCUAGAUAGCCCGGACAUAUUCCACACUUUUUUCGGCAAUUUGGCGCUCAGCUUCAAAAACGUCCACCAUCUCUUUGGUGCUCCCAAGAUCUAG